CAGCAAUGAGGGGCAGCAUACAUGUAUAUGGUACAAAUCAGGUAGCAGUACAGGUGCCGCCCCAUCCUUAUCGAAGCAUCCCGCCUUCCGCCUCCAGAUGUUUGUUUGAUUCGCCGGCCUAGUAGUUUCCAACGAAGGUUUCUUUUGUCCGGGGCGCAACAACCUUUCUUUUUACUCCUCAGACUCACUCACAAACAAAUCGCAUCUUAAGUAAUCUUCAUCCGACGACAAAUUCGGUUCUUAAAGUAUUUUCUACUCAGAAAAAAAACACAUUUGUCUCACCGUUCUCUAUCAUCUUUCAAAGACAUCAACGGCGAACGACAUCAUUAAGUGACUUUUCCCCACCAUUACAGAGACAUACAUCCCCACCAAAUCACUAGCCCAAGCAGUACCUCGUGAGGUCUGCGGCGUUCUUCAGCCUUCCAACUUCUCAGCUUAUAGCCUCUUUUUAAAUCUUAUUGGCACACCAACCAGGAGGCAUCUUCCCCUCCCCCGCGAAGAAUUCAUUUCGCCGUUUUCUUUCCCCCCACGUUUCUACGGAGUAGUACAAGAUGGCGUUGCCAAAGCGCAUCGUGAAGGAGACGGAGCGUCUUAUGACCGAACCGGUCCCGGGUAUCAGCGCCGUUCCCCAUGAAGAUAACCUCCGAUAUUUCGAUGUAGAGAUCCACGGCCCCUCGGGAUCGCCGUACGAAGGAGGUGUUUUCAAGCUCGAACUAUUCUUAACAGAUGAUUACCCGAUGGUUCCGCCCAAGAUUCGCUUCUUAACUAAGAUUUACCACCCGAACGUCGAUAAGCUCGGCCGAAUUUGCUUAGAUGUGCUUAAGAAUAAUUGGUCUCCUGCUCUGCAAAUCCGAACGAUUCUCCUAUCGAUCCAAGCCCUUCUUGGUGCCCCGAACCCGGACGACCCCUUAGCCGCGGACGUCGCUAAGAGCUGGAAAGAAGACGAGAAUAAGGCGAUCGCAACAGCCAAGGAGUGGACUAAGACAUACGCCACGCCCCAGUCGAAAUAGAAGAGUAGACUGCAGAAGACGAUCCACGCUGUCGCUAGUCUCACCAAGAGGAAACCCAAACCAACGCAUUGUGCCUUAAAACGUCUUCCAUUAUCGGAUACGUCGAGUACAACUAGUUCAACUGAAGUGGCUUUUGGGUCUGAGGCGAGUUUCGAAUCAGAUUCGUCGGUUUGUAUACCCCGGAAACACAAACACAAAAGUCCCCCCAGACAUUUUUAGAUAGGAGGAAUAGUACCUAGGUAGUUGAGGGUCCUCUACCCAUACCGACUCACCUGGUCCAGCGAUCGACCCGCUAUCUCCUUGGCUCUGCACAAUGGUUAAGAUUUUCCUCAUCCCUGGUUCUUUUUUUGAUUUUGUUACUAGCAUAAGACUACACUAGCGUUACGUGUUGUCUACCGCGAUGGUGAAGGAAUUAUGGGCAUGCAUGCGGUCACAGCAAUAAGUGAAAUAGAGAAUUUUAACAGCCAUUAAUUUUGUGAA